AUGUCUCUUCUUACAAGUUAUGAGGGGCUCCGGCAACAGAUAGAGAAACUGGUGCGGGAAAAUGAGGAACUGAAGAAGCUGGUACGGCUCAUUCGGGAGAAUCACGAGCUCAAGUCUGCGAUCAAGACUCAGGCAGGUGGCCUCUGCAUCAGCGGGUUCACCAGCGGGCUUGGUGAGGCAACGGCAGGCCCUUCCCAACAUCAGGGAAAUGGUGUAUUCCUGCCCCCAGCCCCAGCAGCAGCAAAGGACCCCUGCGCAGAAGACAUGGGAAUGGUGGCACUGACACCUCUGGCUGACAUGUUGAAUACCCCACAACUCAGCCCGGCAGCAGGCUCCCUUGUGAACCCCCUGGCUGCUCCUCUCAACCCACUGCUGUCUAGCCAGAUGCCCUUGUCACAGAACAGCCACUCUCUGGGUUUACCCUCAACUGGACCCUUGAACAGUCAAAUGGCCAGUCCCAUGGCCGUACCCCCGGGGACCACUCUGGCCAGCUCACUAGGCCUGACCUCAACCGGUUCCUUGACAACAAGCAGCCGGCUGGUAGGCCCCCUGGCUGUAUCUCAGAGCAGCCCCAUCAUGGCUCCCCUGGCAGGCACAGUGGCAGUCUCUCUGAGUAGCCCCCUGCUCUCCUCCACAGCUGCCCCUCUAGGUGUUUCUCAGAACAUACUGCCCAACCCCAUAAACAACGUAGGGCUGUCAGAGGCGCCAAGAGUGCGGCUGGCAGAGCCACCCCGAGGAAACAUCUCUGGAACCUCAGCCUAUGCAGGACCAGCUUCCACCUCCAAAGUCCCAGUCACCAGUGAGCACCCCCAGCCGAGCCAGGACCCAGAGCCCCUCGACACGUUUGCGGGUGCACCCCUCCAGACCACCACCCCUAGGAGUAUCAUGGCCAGAUCCAGUCCCACAGCAAAUGUCACCUUGGAUACUCGGACUCAGACUGGUGUUUCCCAGGGACAAAUGCCCCUCACUUCUGUCCAAAGCUCCCCAACAGGUUCUCCUCCUUGCACAGUCCCCAACUCUGCCCCAGCUCCUGCCCCCCAAGCUGUUGAAAACGGUUCCCCUUCAAGAAACUCCCACUCCAACUCCCCCUCCAGGGUGCACCAAUCCCCUACCCGACCUGUGCCCAACCCCCAUUCUCCUCCACGCAACCAUCCCUCCCCGCCCCGCACCUCAUCCUCUUCGGCUUCAGUCAAUGACACCCGAGGUCCACGCGUGACGGAACAGUCUCGGAAGAAUGUCCUGGAGAUGGAGCGGAAGAUGCCCCACCGAAAGUCUAACAAGUUACCUGACAGUCCCCGAGACACUAAACAACUAGCCUGUGAGAGGCUAGUGGGGGAAAUCGCCUUCCAGUUAGACCGAAGAAUCCUGUCCAGCAUCUUCCCAGAGCGUGUGCGUCUCUAUGGCUUCACUGUCUCCAACAUUCCAGAGAAGAUCAUCCAGGCCUCCCUAAACCCCAGUAACCACAAGUUGGAUGAGGACCUAUGCCAGACACUCACACAGCGCUACGUGAGCAUCAUGAACAGGCUGCAGAGCCUAGGCUACAAUGGACGGGUGCAUCCUGCACUGACAGAGCAGCUGGUGAAUGCAUACGGCAUCUUGCGUGAGAGGCCUGAGCUGGCAGCAUCUGAAGGGGGCUCCUACACUGUGGACUUCUUGCAGCGCGUGCUGGUGGAAACGGUGCACCCCAGCAUGCUCACCGACGCCCUCCUGCUGCUCUCCUGCCUCAACCAGCUGGCCCAUGAUGACGGCAAGCCUAUGUUCAUCUGGUAA